UAGGAAUGACGCACAACGCUGCACGAGGAUCAGAGGGUUAAAUUUCCCAUCGAAUAAAUAAGCAAUAAAAAGCAAUUAUGUGCAGUCUUUCUUGACAACGCAAUGUUUUGUAUCUCCCGUAAAUUUCGCAAGUUGGAAUGCGCCGCGCGAGACGGGAGUCCGACGAGAUCGGAGAUCCAGCGGCGUCUUGGCGCUUCGUUGGCACAAGUUCUCCUCGACUACAGUCACCAGGACGCGGUGAAGCUGUUGGACUCGUUACCCCUUACCAAACUUUCACAGCAAUCAUGUUGCGCCACGCAGGACGGUCAAUUAAAGGCGGACGCGAUGGGAAUGUGGACAAAAGAACAUGAAGUUCUUAAGUCACACUUGCACAGCGACAUUCUAGCGUUGGGCGAAGGUGAGCUGAAGAAAUUUCAGGCGGAGAUUGAAGCGGCGACACAGAGGAAGCUGAGGGAUGAGUUUGCGGAAGAACGUCAUAUGCUCGAGGCUGAAAAGAGAUUUGCUGUUAGACGCAACGCAGAUGAAAUUCAUGCGAGAUACGAAGAGUAUUUCAGGUUUGCACAGCAAGAGUUGGAGGAAAAGUUGCAGGUUGAGUUGAGGGAUACAGAUGAGAAACGCAACAAGGAACUGCAAAAGGCCAUCGUAAAAGCGCGAAUAGAUACAACGCACGACGUGUUAAGAAAAAUACGGCCUCAAAUAAACUUGAUCGUUACGUCUCUCUACAAUGAGUUUGAGCAAAUUCAUCGCGCGCAAAGAGAAAAGAUGAUUGCUGAUUUUAAUAAGAUCAUGAGGAAACAGUAUCUCAAACAGGAUGUAAGAAUCAGAGAAAUUGAGAAGAAGAAAAUGGAAGAGUUGCAUGUCCAACGUCGUGAACUCGAGAUACAAAAUGUAAUGAAUAUUAUUUAUAUUUUUUGCAUGGAAAAAUUACGUUGCAGCUCGCAACUGCAAGCGGUACAGAAACAUUUUGAGGUAAAUAUAUUAUCUGUUUCGAAUGGAAAUUUGAAAUGUAUCUGUACUUACGUAUCUUUCUUUUCAUCAAAACGAUUAGAUGAAAUGUUAAAAGAGAAGUUGAAAGAUAUAUCUUAUCUAACAUAUCUUAUCUUACUUUAUGAUAAAUGCAUUUUUUAUAAAAUGCCCUGAUGGAAAUAUUUUACUGAAAAUAUGAAUAAAAUUUUACU